UGGAAUUAUUCACAUUCAAGCCUUGUUAUUCAAAGGUUGUUUGUGUAUUCACUUGACAGUUUUUCAAAUACCCGGCGUUUUUUCUUUCAAAAUUUUCAGUGUAUAAUUACAAAAUGGCUGUACCAAGUGUAAAAUUAAAUAAUGGUUUAUCUAUUCCAAUCUUUGGAUUAGGAACAUGGAAAUCAAAACCUGGUGAAGUAACUCAAGCAGUUAAAGACGCUAUUGAUAUCGGCUACCGUCAUAUUGAUUGUGCUCAUGUCUAUGGCAACGAAAAAGAAGUUGGUGAAGCAUUGGAAGCGAAAUUCAAAGAAGGUGUUAUUAAACGAGAAGAUAUCUUCAUUACCAGUAAACUAUGGAUUACAUUCCUUCGCCCAGAUUUAGUUGAGAAUGCAUUAAAAACAACACUCAGCAAUUUAAAAUUGGAUUAUUUGGAUUUAUAUUUAAUCCAUUGGCCAAUUGCUUACAAGGAAGAAGGUGAUCUUUUUCCUUUGGAUGCCGAUGGCAAUAUCCAACACAGUGACACUGAUUACGUUGACACAUGGAAAGCUUUAGAGGCAUGUGUUAAAAAAGGAUUAACCAAGUCAAUCGGUGUAUCAAAUUUCAAUAGCAAACAAAUUCAACGAGUAUUAGACGUUGCAACAAUCCCACCAGUAACAAAUCAAGUUGAAUGUCACCCAUAUUUAAAUCAAAAACGUUUAAUUGACUUCUGUAAAUCGAAACAUAUUGUAAUCACUGCAUACAGUCCAUUAGGUUCACCAGAUCGACCAUGGGCUAAACCAGAUGAUCCAAAAUUGUUAGAUGAUCCAAAAUUGAAAUCAAUUGCUGCAAAAUAUGGCAAAUCUACGGCGCAAGUUGUAUUACGAUGGAAUGUACAACGUGGUAAUGUUACUAUUCCAAAAUCCGUUACAAAAUCACGUAUUGCUGAGAACUUUGACAUUUUCAACUUUAAACUAAGCGAUGAAGACAUUGCUUUAAUUGAUACCUUCGAUUGUAAUGGCAGAAUUUGUCCCAUGGAUAGAUCUACUGAGAGUCCACACUAUCCAUUCCAUGAGCCAUUCUAAAUGAUUCAAAUAUUUGAAUUUAUUAUCGAAUUCGAUAUUUUAUGAAAUAUAUACACACAAAAAAAAAUGUUGUCACCUAAUUAUGUUUUAGAAAGUUUUAUCACGCAAUAAAAAAAGGAAAAACUGAAA